CAUUGUUUGCAAAGUGAAAUUUGCUAUGGGCUGUGGCGGUAGCAAAAGCGCAGAAGACCCUGCAUCAGCGCCAUCUUCAGCGCCAAAAGCAGAGAAAAACGCUGAAAGCAUGUCAACCGCGGCAGCAACUUCUGGCACGGCAGAAGGCCUUCAGUCAGAUGAUCCUGAGGUCUUGAGGCGAGCCCUCUCCAGUGCUUGGUCGCGUGGGCAACACGGUCCCGAAGUCACAGCUGCUGAAUCUCGCCUACGAGCAAGCCUCAAAUUGCCAGCUGACUGGGACUUAAAGGUCUUUUGUGCUGGCCGAAGGCUGGAAGGCGGCCUUGGUGGUCGAAAGGCAUCCACUGUGGUAGCAUUCCAUCCACAGCCUCCGGCGGUUGUCAAAGCAAUGCAAUCUGUGCUCGAUGGUACGUACCGAAAAGUGUACACGCGUGAUAGACGUGGCGCACCCAUCCCUGACAGAUUUGUGGUGAAAGAGGUCCACCGAGUCCUCAACGACCAGGUGUGGAGAGAGUACGAAGCUCGGAGAGAAGGGGUGCGAGAGGCAUGUGCUUCAAAGAAAGCAGAACUACCAGAUGGAUCUCACACUGUGAAUCACCUGUCGCAGAGUGGUGGUUUGUCCGCUUUGCCACCACUGGAUCCAGUUGUCAACGAACACUGGUUGUUUCACGGCACAACUGCAGAGGCGGCCAAAGGCAUAGCCGAGAAUGAUUUCCGAUUGGACAUGUCUGGCUCUAACGCUGGUACAUUGUAUGGCAAAGGCAUCUACCUUGCAGAAAAUGCAACGAAGUCAGACGAAUAUGGUGAAGGGCCUAAAGGUCCAGCUUCCACCGGCGAAGAAGCUGAGAUGGGUUUUGAGGCACCAAGACCGCCUCCAGGCCCUCCGCCGCCGCUGGUUCGGGAGUCCUAUAUUCUGGUUUGUCGGUCCACGCUUGGUCGUGUCAAUUACAACGACGAACAGCGACCAGAUCCAGACAGGCUGCAAAAAAGCUGUCUUUCGGGAGACUAUGACUCCGUGCUUGGUGACAGGCUGAAAUUGAACCGGACCUUCCGCGAAAUCAUAGUGUACAACGAUGACCACGUGUACCCUGAGUACAUCGUCAAGUACGAGCGCAUUUUCUUCCACGAACGCUUUGCUGCAGUCUACAAGGCCAUGUUGGAUCGCAGUAUUGCUGGACGGUUCAAAGGUCCAACCAAAGAGGAGACUGAAGUCUUGCAGUCGAUGUGGCAAGUGUAUUCCAUGCCGAACAAAGGCAAGAUUUCAAAGUCCCAGUUGCUGGAUUUGUUGCUUGCCAUUUACCAGCCCCCAGACAAUGAAGAUGAAGACCUGGACGCAACCUUCAAGGAGUGGGAGAGAAAAGGCAAUGGCAAGAUCGAUUGGGAUGAUUUCCUUGCAGAGGUGACCCAGCGAGUCAACGACAAGAUCUCUUGUUCAGGCCCAGAGCGUUUCGCUGAUAUCUACAGGGGAAUGCUUGCUCGAAGUCGUGGAGGAAAGUUCAAUGGACCGGAUGUUGGGGAGAGGGCUGUGCUCCGAAUGGUAUGGUAUCAGUACUGUCAAAACCAGAGGAAUAUCGACAAACAGCAACUACUGCUGUUGUUGAAGGCAAUUAAUCAACCACCAGCCAAUGAGCAUUCAGACUUGGACGAGACCUUCAAGGAGAUUGACACCAAGAAUGACGGAGUCAUUGACUUGGAUGAGUUCAUGGAGGAGAUCACACAGAGAGUGAAGGAUGGUAUUCCCGCCUGAGUGAGCGAUGCAAAUUAUAACUCUUUUCCCUUCAUAUCUCUUUUCUCAGCUGUGUACAUCACAUGGUCAGAGUCAUUGUCAUAGCUUUGUAAAACAAAGCUUUGAAGCUCUCGGAAGUAGCACUGAAAGUGAACUUUGUACAAAAGCACGAAAACGACAC